CUAUGUGUCCCUAUGGGUCUCUAUGGGUCUCUAUGGGGCGCAGGGCGACAAUGGAGUUCCACCUGGACACCCCCUACAACGUGCCCGACAUCGUGGUCACCAUCGCCAACAACGACAUCGACGUCGUCAUCCGGGUGUCGGACCGCGGCGGGGGCAUCCCCCACGAGCUCCUCGACAAGGUCACCCAAUACCACUUCAGCACGGCCGAGGCCAGCGCCCAGGACCCACGCUUGGGGGGCGGCCCCUUCCGCGGCCUCAUGGAGCCCCCCGCCGGGCCCAUGCACGGGUUCGGCUUCGGGCUCCCCACGUCCCGCGCCUACGCCGAGUACCUGGGGGGGUCGCUGGCGCUGCAGUCGCUGCAGGGGGUGGGCACCGACGUCUUCCUGCGCCUGCGCCACAUCGACGGCAAGGCCGAGAGCUUCCGCAUCUGAGGGCGCCCCACGGCGGCCGGGA